GAGGGAGGUGCGGGGCGAAGACCCGUUAAUUAAGAGCGACAGUGGCGAAUGAUCCAGGAUGGAAGACUAGUUAGUCAUCCGACUGCCUCGAGUAAUCCAUAAUGGACCCCAAUUCCCUUAGGGUAGGGGUUCGGGGGCUGAAAAACCCAAACGGGUUAGGGUUUGGGGUUUCGGGCUGUCAGGUCAUGUCCGUACCGUAUUGUAUUGUACUGUCUCGUAUCGGGCCAACACCCCCCGAGCGGGAUAUCCGACCGGCACAGACCGUCCGUAGUAAGUAUACAUACAUACUUACAACAUCAUACCUUACUUAACCCUCCCUCCCCCUCAGCCCUACUUGAGCUUCUUUCUGGAUGCCCCGUCGUCUCCUCGCCAGAGCAGAGAGAAGAACCAG